CAAAGAUUGACUGACAAGCACUAAUCGGACUGUUUGUCCACACAGACCGAUAAGGGUAAAAGCUGACGGGGUCUGGCGCGCGCCGCUUGUACCUGUCGCGCCAUGGCCGCAUGCAAAGCAUCCAUCCUCCUCUGCUCACUUUUGUGCGCAGGCACUGCCAGUUUUUUAGAUGAAUACAUAAAAAUGGAGGGCGGUAAGAUUUACUCUGAUAUGAAAAAGGAGUACCACGCAGAGACAGCCUUUGAAUGUGCACUAAAGUGCAAUGAAGAACACGAUUUUACUUGCAGGUCCUUUUUGUACAUUGAGAUGGUUGAAAAAUGUACAACGGUAUCAACAAACUCAAAGAUGGAAACGGUACAGCAUGACUUUAUUACAGUGAUGUACGAAAAGAAAGAGUAUUUGGCCGAGUGCAAAAAUGGCGUCGGAUCAGAUUACAGAGGGUCGAUUUCCAAAACGAAGUCUGGCAAGACCUGCCAGAGAUGGAAUUUGAAUUACCCACAUAAAACAGGCAUUUCACCAUUAACACACCCAGACUCCAACCUGGAGUACAACUUCUGCAGAAACCCCGAUGGAGACAGUAAUGGUCCUUGGUGCUACACGACGGACCCAGACACGCGAUGGGAGCACUGCAACAUCAGGGACUGCAGUGUUAGCGUUGUUGUGACUGGCCCGGAGGAAUGCAUGCACUGCAGCGGAGAUGAUUAUCAAGGGAGAACCUCGACGACUGAGAACGGCUAUACCUGCCAACGCUGGGAUUCCCAGAUGCCUCACUCUCACGGAUACUUCCCUGACCUCAUCCCAGAAAAGCACCUGGAGGAGAAUUACUGCAGGAACCCAGACGGCGAAACCCAACCCUGGUGUUUCACCACCAGCUCCUCCAAGCGCUGGGACUACUGCAGCAUCCCUCGCUGUGCCAAUGCCCCGCCCACCGUAGUAGAGGAGCGCAUGUGUGUCACGGGGGACGGACGUGAGUACAGGGGCACUGUUUCUGUGACGAAGUCUGGGAGGACGUGCCAGAUGUGGGACAGCCAGGUGCCACAUAAGCAUUCCUUAACUCCAGAGUACUACCCCUGCAAGGGCCUGACACUGAACUACUGCAGAAACCCUAACAACGAGAGAAUGCCGUGGUGCUACACCACAGACCCGAAUACCCGGUGGGAGCACUGCAAGGUCCCCAGCUGCGGAGAUGAGCCCAGUCCAACCCACGUGCCGGUCCUGCAGCCAGUCAAACCCAGCGUCCAUCCAGUGACGGACUGCUACAAGGACAAUGGGAUGUCUUAUCGUGGCAGCACAUCGGAGACAAUUGGCGGAAGGCAGUGCCAGGUUUGGAGUUCCACUUCCCCUCACUUUCACAAGAAGACGCCGGGGAAUUACCCAAAAGCAGACUUGACGAGUAACUUCUGCCGGAAUCCCGAUGGUGACAUCGCCCCCUGGUGCUACACCACCGACCCCUCUGUGAGGUGGGAAUACUGCAGGGUGGAGCGGUGUCCAGAGCAGCCGGUGGGGGGGACAGCUCUGAGGCCACGACAACCAAACCCAGAGGCGGGUGAAGGUGGGUACGUCGCCUUAGACUGCAAGGACGGCAACGGACACAGUUACAGGGGCCCCAUGUCUGUCACCUCCUCGGGAGUGACGUGCCAAGCCUGGAGUUCCGUCACUCCGCACCAGCACGCCGCUUUCACCCCAGAGACACAUCCAGACAAAGGCCUAGAGUCCAAUCAAUGCAGAAACCCGGACAACGACAGUAAAGGACCCUGGUGCUACACGAUGGACCCAAACAAGAAGUGGGAUUACUGCGACAUUCCAGACUGUGGGUCACAGUGAUCGGGAGCCCAGCCCUGGAUUUGUGCUGCUGAGGGACAAAGUGCCUGGAGGGGAAGCCUGUCCAUCAGAGAGCAGUCACACACCCACACACACACACACACACACACACACACACACACACAAAUACAGGUAUUAUAAUAUCUUUGUGGGGACUCUCCAUUCAAACUCUAAUCCCAACAUGAUGACCUUAACCCCUUCCCAGCCCUAACCUUCACCAUAAGUAAACUAAGAAAAUACGAGACUUUUGGCAUUUGCUUUUUUGAUUGCAUUCACGGAUCUUUGUGGGGACCUGAAAAAUGGUCCCCGCAAUGUCAAAAAACAGACCAUGGAAACUGGAGUCACAUUGGUCAUUAGUGGAACGUGACGUCACCCCCCCUCCAAGUGUCAAUUUGUCUUUUCUAGAUUUAAAUCUGCGUCACAUGAAUAGCAUGAUGCAGACUGUGCUCAUAAACCCAGCAUGAUUCAGCACAAACAUUGUGUUCCAUACACAAAUGUACUGUUCUGGUUUUUAAUAAACUUCGGGAAAUUA